AAUGUAUACGUACACAUACUACACCAUUAUUAGCAAAACAAGGUACAGUUCCUCAUCAUCCAUGAUCACAUUGGAUAGAUAUCAGUGAUUUUGUAACACCCGUAACAGUACAGAUACUCAAAGUGUCUACAUAUUUUAAGAAAAGUGCUGACUUUCAGUUCAGAUGGAAUUUUCAUUCUGGUAUAUAUUCCUAACAGUUCUCGGCUUAUUGAUUCUACUUGCCUAUUUCGAAAGCAACGAUCCUAUCCGAUUUCAUGGAAAGUAUUUCAUCUUCUAUGCAUAUGCUUGUGCGACAAGUCUUUUUCUCAUCCCGUAUUUCCUUCUUUCACCAUGGAACCCUAGAAACUCAACGCAUGGAUCUGUCAUUUAUCGACAAGUGACAAAAUUAUUGGGCAUCAAGUGGGAAAUCAGAGGCGGUGAAUUAUUGAAGAAUGAAGGCAACAUUAUCGUGGCGAACCAUCAAAAUUCUCUUGACAUCUUAGGUUUAUUUAACAUAUGGUGGGCACUCGGCAAAUGUACGGUAGUGUCUAAAAAAGAGCUUUUCUAUGUCUGGCCAUUUGGUUUGGCAGCAUGGUUGGGAGGUGUCGUCUUCCUAAACAGGUCCAAUCGUAAACAGUCUAGUCAGCAUCUCAACCAAACCGGUAAUCUUCUCAUCAAGAAGGCUACAAAGUUGAUCAUCUUCCCCGAAGGAACACGUAACAAGAACAGUCUGUCGGGGGGCUUGCUUCCCUUUAAAUUCGGGGCAUUUAAACUUGCCAUUGAAAACCAGGUACCGAUACUUCCAAUAGUGUAUUCGCCCUAUUACUUCGUCAACGAGAAGAACCACUUCUUUGGUCGAGGUAAGGUGAUCGUGCAGAUAUUAAAACCAAUCUCGACGAAGGAUUUAACGGUAGAAGAUAUACCGAAGCUAGCCGAAAAAACUCAGGAGAUUAUGCAAAAAGAAUUUGAAGCCUUGUCGAGGGAAAUGCUGUCAACAUUGCCGAAUAAUUAUCUCGGUCUGGCCGGUCGGUUGCGUUGAAUAUCAAUGAAGUAGAUAUUUACUUUGCUCAUUUACACCAAAAGUCUAUAUAAUUACUAACCGGUCGCCUAGGGCAGCACUAAAAUGCCUCAACAGUUUCGCAAUUGUACCAUUUAUUGCCUUGAAAAUAAACAAACGCUGAGUAUCACCAAGGGCAUAGCGAAAAAACGCAAUCACAACAAAGUCGCAUUAAGCAUAAAGUAUAAAAUGACCAAGUCCACGAGCAUUAAACCAAGAAAUUCAAGGUUUCAGGUGAAUCGACACGGACGGUCGAACGAAGUAAACCUUUCAGCGGAAUUCCGUUAGUUACGUCACUAGUUACCUUUCAGAACCAAAAUACGCAAUAACUUAGAGACGCUCUCAAAUCAGUCGACAAAUGGUCAAUCGCAUUCAGACUUUAUAUAUCGAAUCAUAGAUGUAACCAUUGGAAAGCAUUCUUUAGAAAAGAAGCUUGCAAAAUUAGUGGAUGAAUUUACUGCAACAAUCAAAAAAAUAUUGUUGGAACUGUUCAAACGAACGAGCGAUAUACAAUUUGUUGUCGCUAGAACUAUGAAUAAAAUUUGUAUAUUAUUUGUA